AUGAUGAAGCCUCACAUACUGAUCUCAGUGACCGUGCUCUCAUUCUUAGUGACUAGUGAUGGUGACACCAUUCGCAACAGCAAAAAACAACCAAAAUAUUACAUCCGCUGCAGACGGUACCUGCCCCAAUACUACCCUCCACGCACCCAAAACCUCUACAACGUACCCCCGGGAUACUACGAGCCGCGAGUGUAUGUGCCCAGCAGGUGCUACACGUACUGCUAUUCGUGCGCAACGUCCAGUUGUAGGAGGCGAUGUCCAAACACUAGUGGGUACCGCCCACAAGCGCUGCCUUACAAAACCACGCCUACUGUGGGGCCGUACGUCCGGACCACGCCCAGGAGUAGGACGACGUCGAGGAGGUGGACUACUGCUACACCCUCAGCUCAAGUUAUUAUUAUAUGUACGUAUGAUUAUGAGUUGUGUGUAUACAAAUGA